UCUCUACGCCAUCAUUCUCGUCCGUGUGACGCGACAUGAUGUCUACAUUGCAGCAGUUGCGGCUGGCUUCCUCGGUGUUGCAAGUGCCGUGCUGGCUUAUGAGGUGCAUUGGGCCACUUGGGCGUUCAGUGUUGAGCUGCAUGAGGGCUGCGGCUCUUCGAGAGCCCCGGCCGAUGCGCGGCAGGCCUUUGUGGAGACGGGCCUGCAGGAUGUGGAGCAAGCCGGAUCCUUUCCACCGGGAUGGGCCGGAUGUCAGCGGAUGUUUGUUCGAGGAUGA